AAGUGCCACCGCGCCACCAGCACCGCCGCUGGCUCCCUGAUGCUGCUGUCUGCAGAGGGGUGCGGAGACGCGCGGCAGAGCCAGGCCAUCUUCCAGACUGGCAGUGGCGUCGGCGGCCUCAAGCCCAGCCAGAGCAUCACAGUGUCGGGGAGCACCAUGGGCCUGUCCCCGCGUCCUGCCAUCCAGACCCGCAAGAGCUGCUCCCCGCGCGCCACCACCAAGCUGCCCCUGCUGGCCAAGAAUGGCAGUGCACGUGACGGGGAGAACUCCAUCAAGAAGCUGUGCAUCCUGACCGCCAUCAAGCCCGCCAACGUGGAGAAGGAGAAGCUCAAGUUCUUCAAGUCCAACUACAGCUACAACCCACAGUUUGAGUACAGCAACCCCGUGUCCUCUCAGGUGAUCGCCAAACACAACAACGCCUCUGACCGCUUCCUCACACAGGCGGUGCGGAUCAUGGAGCUGGCCUUGCUGAAGUACGGCAACUACGAGAAGUUUGAGCAGGCCACAGGGGGCAGUCUACUGACCAAGAGCCGCAUCUGGUACCAGGUCAAGAAGUACAUGGAGAAGGAGGGAUGUCUUGGGGAGAUCGUGGUGCACCUGACAGAUGACCUGCUCUCCAGGGCGUCCAUGACAGUGGUCAACAGCAGACCCACCCUGACCAUCAACAUGUCCACCGCACGAGAACACUGGCUGGAGGGCAUGCUACGGCAUGAGAUAGGCACACACUACUUCCGGGGCAUCAACAACAGCCAGCAGCCGUGGGGCAGCAGCAGUGGCCGCAAGAAGCACAACCUACGACCUCUGAACCCUACGGAGGAGGGCCUGGCCAGCAUACACAGUGUGCUGUUCCGGAAAGAUCCGACGCUGUGGCGUGCUGCGCUGCUCUACUACACUGUCCACCAGGCCAGCCGCAUGUCCUUCGCCCAGCUCUUCCAGGACCUUGGCCGCUUCGUGCAGGACCCCAACACGCGCUGGGACUACUGCGUGCGCGCCAAGAGGGGGCAGACAGACACUUCACAGCCAGGAUGCUUCAGUAAGGACCAGGUGUACCUGGACGGCAUCCUGAAGAUCCUCAGGCAUCGGGAGAAAAUUGACUUUCCUCUGCUGAUGGCACUGGGCAAGGUGUCGUUCGAGGACGUGGAGAGGUUGCGAGGUCAGGCGGUGAUGGAGCACGUGCGGAUCCCCCACUUCCUGCAGGACCAGGCGCGCUACAGCGAGCAGCUCCUCAAGAUCAUGGAGGUCAACCAGCUGACCGACGAUGAGCUCCGCUGCCUCAUCUGAGCGCGCUCACCAACGGCCCACGCUGCAGCCCACACCAGGGACGGAUCUGGACUGGACCAAAUCACCCCCACACACACACACACACA